AAUAAUUUCAAGCCGACAAUAAUCUUCCCUCGAGUUCAGUUCAGUUUCCCACUUUCUUUUGAUUCCUAGAUUUUGCCCAUGUUUUCCACUUUAGUUAUACAUACAUACAGAUACUUAUAUAUAUACAUAUAUAUAUAUAUAUGGUUGAUGAUAUAAAAACUGUGGCCAAUAAGCAAAGCUGCAGAACAUAGAAUAGAAGAAUUCUGUAAAUAUCAACAAGAAUGGGGAGUGAUGCAGCAUCGGAAUUAUUUUCGAUUACGGCCCCUCGAAAGUGUUCGAAUUAUAAUGAAAUAUUCAUGCAGCACAGUAUGCAGUUUGCAGAUAGCUUGAAGGAUUUGAAGAAUUUGAGGGAACAGUUAUAUUCAGCUGCAGAGUAUUUUGAGUCAUCCUAUGAAAAAGAUGAUCAUCAACAAUUUGUGAUAGAAUCGUCGAAAGAUUAUGUGGCGAAAGCACUUGUUAGCACGGUGGACCAUUUGGGGUCGGUGGCCGAUAAACUGAACAAGUUCGUCGACGAAAAGGCUAAUGAAUUCUCCACAACAAACAUUCGAUUCUCUUGCAUUGAACAGAGAUUAAACACAUUCCGAGGAUUUAUCGACUUGAGGGGCGUUUCACAGAAGUCGUUGAUAGAAGCUCCGAAGCAUUAUAAGCAGUACAUAAUUCCGGAUGCAAAGAGUUUCCCCAUUGGCAAAUCGAAUCAAAUGCAUCAACCCAAGCAAGAUAAUUCGUCUGCUAAAGCUUUUCAAGCAGCGAGAAUAAAGCCGCAAUCACCACUGUUAAGAAAAGGAACUUCAAGAAUUUCUUCAAGUGGAUCAUCUCCAAAUCCUGCCAACUUUUCUUUCACAAGGGUCAUAUCUAACAAAGAAGCAGGGAAGCGUUCGGUUUCGCCAUUUAGUUUCCCUUUGAAGAGGUCGGGAUCGGUUGCUAGUAGAUCAGUGUCUCCUAGCCCCUCCACCAACAAACACCGUAGUCCAUCAGAGCCUCGAAGAGGAAUAUUCUCUGCGCAAAAUAAACACGAGAUGGUGAGUAGUAGGGAAAGAGAGAUUGAAUCUUAUACGAAGAGAAGUAAGCAUCUCUUCAAAGCUUUACUCAGCAUUCAUCGGUCGAGAAAAGAUAACCGUACGGUACACAUGAUUUAGGGCUGUGAAAUGAAAAAAUGUACAGUUCUCUCUCUCCCAAGUAGACUUGAUUCUCUAAUACAUAUACAUCAUCAGCAAACUGUGGCUUGGCAUUUCAGAUAUUCUUUUACAAUUUUGUUUUUUCUAUUCUAUUGAAAGGUAUAUGAAUAUAAUCGUUGGGUUGAAGAAGUACGCUUCGUUUUCUGGCCACAAGUAUUUAAAAAAUCCGAACUUAUUAU